AAACCGAUCUGAUGUAAUGAGCAAGCCAAACCAAGCCAAUUCAGGUCGUUACAAAGCUAGGCUAUUAUCAGCUUUUUUCGAAUUAAAUCCAAAGAAGCUCGAAGUUUUUUAGACAGCUAGUUAGCAGCCGGAUCAUAAUUGUUUUCAGGCAAACCCUAAUCGUGACCCGGUAUUCGUCCCGAACUCCGUCGCCUGCAAUUUUCUACUUCUCCACUGAAAAAAAACCUACAUUUUCAACAUCAAAGAUAUUACGAAGAAGAUGAAGAUAGAAGAAGUUCAAUCGACUACUAAAAAACAGAGGAUUGCUACUCACACUCACAUCAAAGGCCUUGGUCUUGAGGCUACUGGAAAAGCAAUACCGCUAGCUGCUGGAUUUGUGGGACAGGUGGCGGCAAGAGAGGCUGGUGGUCUUGUAGUCGAUAUGAUCCGCCAGAAAAAGAUGGCUGGAAGGGCACUUCUACUUGCUGGACCUCCGGGUACGGGUAAAACCGCCCUUGCCCUUGGUAUCUCUCAAGAACUUGGCACCAAGGUCCCGUUUUGUCCCAUGGUUGGAUCAGAAGUCUACUCAUCGGAAGUAAAGAAAACCGAGGUUUUGAUGGAGAAUUUCAGGAGGGCCAUUGGCUUACGUAUCAAGGAAAAUAAGGAGGUUUAUGAAGGAGAAGUGACUGAACUAUCUCCGGAGGAAACUGAAAGUGUGACGGGUGGAUAUGGUAAAGCUAUAAGUCAUGUUAUUAUUGGAUUAAAAACUGUUAAAGGAACAAAGCAGUUGAAGCUGGAUCCAACUAUAUACGAUGCUUUGGUUAAGGAGAAGGUAGCUGUUGGCGAUGUUAUAUAUAUAGAAGCAAAUAGUGGUGCUGUUAAAAGAGUAGGUAGGAGUGAUGCAUUUGCAACCGAGUUUGAUCUCGAGGCUGAAGAGUAUGUUCCACUUCCUAAAGGAGAGGUUCACAAGAAGAAGGAGAUAGUUCAGGAUGUUACACUUCAUGAUCUUGAUGCAGCAAAUGCACGGCCUCAAGGUGGGCAAGAUAUACUGUCACUAAUGGGUCAAAUGAUGAAGCCUAGAAAAACCGAAAUUACCGACAAACUGAGACAAGAAAUCAAUAAGGUUGUUAAUCGUUAUGUUGAUGAAGGGGUGGCAGAGCUUGUCCCCGGUGUCUUAUUUAUCGACGAGGUACAUAUGCUGGAUAUGGAGUGUUUUUCGUACCUAAACCGUGCUUUAGAAAGCUCAUUAUCUCCAAUUGUAAUCUUUGCCACCAAUAGAGGGAUAUGUACCGUGAGAGGAACGGAUAUGUCAAGUCCUCAUGGCAUACCUGUGGAUCUUUUAGACCGGCUAGUGAUUAUACGAACAGAAACAUACGGUCCUGCUGAGAUGAUUCAGAUAUUGGCUAUCAGAGCACAAGUGGAGGAAAUAUCUAUAGAUGAAGAAAGUUUGGCUUACCUUGGUGAGAUCGGUCAACAAGCGUCCUUGAGGCAUGCAGUACAAUUACUAUCGCCUGGGAGUGUUGUGGCAAAAAUGAAUGGCCGUGAGGGUAUUUGCAAGGCGGACCUGGAGGAAGUGAGCAGUCUUUACCUGAAUGCAAAGUCAUCUGCUAAACUUUUACAAGAGCAACAAGAUAGAUACAUCUCAUGAUGAAUCGUUGAAACUUGAAAUUGGGUACAAUUUCUGGUAUAUUUCUUAAAUGGUUUGACAGUAUACCUCGUGGAUUUGUCUUAGAUGUCUAGAAGUUGUAGGUUCGGUUUUGGUGAAUAUGAGUUCUAUCCAUCCCUCUGUACAAGGGAUUCAGACACUAUUUUUUUAAUGACAUGUUGCGUCGUCACCUGAUGA